AUGGAGCAAUUUCUCAUCGACGACGCCGACCGCUACGAGGAGCUGGUUCAGGCCUUCAACCCCAAGCCCGUGGCUCCGGUCAGAGCGGGUUCAACAAACCCCGACUUUCUCGUCAGUACUCGCAUUAGACCACUGCUACGAGAUGAGAUCUCUCAGGGCUUUCCAGAGAGUGUCUGUUCACGGCCUGGUGGUGCGUAUAUCGUCGACUUGCACGAGCUCAAGAAGUCAGUGAGGGGGCUGCCUUGUCUGAAUUCCUUCAGCUACCCGGUCGACCGCGUCUUCGGCCCCGACAGCACCACCAAGCAAAUCUACGAUGCCAUUAUCCAGCCCCUCGUCCCCUUGGCCUAG